UGUCAUUCGAGAGCAUUUUCUCUGUGUCUAUUUUCCUCUUCCCUUAAGCUAAGCAUCUUAGAAUUACUUAAAUUAGUUGUAAAAAAUGUCUGGCGUAGCUUUUGGACGCUUCGAUGAUUCAUUUAGCUUAGGGUCUAUUAAGGCCUAUAUUGCUGAAUUCAUCUCCACCUUGCUCUUUGUCUUUGCUGGAGUUGGUUCAGCUAUUGCUUACAACAAGUUGGCAGCUGGUGCUGCUCUUGAUCCCUCCGGGCUUGUAGCUGUUGCAGUUUGCCAUGGAUUUGCUCUCUUCGUGGCGGUUUCCAUUGCCGCUAACAUCUCUGGUGGUCACGUGAACCCUGCUGUUACCUUUGGAUUGGCUCUUGGUGGCCAAAUCACCAUUCUUACUGGCCUUUUCUACUGGAUUGCUCAACUUUUGGGUGCCAUUGUAGGUUCCUACCUCCUCAAAGUUGUCACUGGAGGAAUGGCUGUUCCAAUCCACAGUGUGGCAGCUGGAGUAGGAGCUACUGAAGGAGUGGUUAUGGAAAUCAUCAUCACCUUCGCUUUGGUGUACACAGUGUACGCCACAGCAGCUGACCCAAAGAAGGGUUCAUUGGGUACCAUUGCGCCCAUCGCCAUCGGUUUCAUUGUUGGUGCCAACAUCUUGGCUGCAGGCCCGUUCUCUGGCGGUUCAAUGAACCCCGCCCGUUCCUUCGGGCCUGCAGUGGCUAGUGGCAACUUUGCUGGUAUCUGGAUUUACUGGGUCGGGCCCCUUGUUGGUGGUGGCUUGGCUGGCCUUAUCUACAGCAAUGUGUUCAUGAACCAUGAACAUGCCCCUCUAUCCAGCGAUUUCUAAGUUUAAAAUUAAUAAUUUGCACAUUGUUUGGAUUUGAUUAUUAUGUCCAAAAAUCCAUGUGACUU